AUGGCAAUAAUGGGGCAAGACGUUUCGGAAGAGGCGAUGGGACUCUCAGAGCUGUUUGAUGCGGAUACUGAUAAAAAGGACAUCCUCAGUGUUCAGUCCGAUUUGGCAGAACUUUACAAGCAUCUUUCGGCUGUCAAAGUUGAAAUGAGUUUGCUGGACGAUGGCAUUUCGGCGAGUGCAAAAGCCCUCAAGAUUCGUCGAAGGACACUUUUGGACGAUCAUGCGGACACGAAACGGCGAAUGGAACAACACCUAUUUUAG